CUACCACUACCACUACUACUACUCUAAUAUAAUAAUGGGCCACCGGGUCGGGUCGCCAUACAACAGACGCUACUGCGUACAUACAUUUACUAUGCUACAUACAUCUCAUCUCUCUGGCUGCAGCUUCGCUCCACGCACACGGAUUGCAUCAGGCUUUGUUUCCCCCAGACGAAGGAUUUUCUGGGAAUCAUCAACCCAAGGAGAGAGAGGAGAGGAGAGGAGAGGAGAGGAGAGGAGAGGAGAGGAACUGAUAAAACGAUCGCGUACCGCCAGGCAAUAGCCAUUAACCAUUAAUAAAUAGCAAAAUAUCGGUCAUUCGGGUUUCUACUUUUUGUUCUCUCUCUCUCUCUCUCUCUCUCUCUCUCUCUCAUUUUAUUAUUUAUUCCCUCGAGUUCGUUUGCUGGUGCUUAUGGUGGACGCAACAACCCUGGAGGGAGGACGGGAGUAAGCACAGAGUCAUCAUUGAGGAUUCCGGUAUCUCCCACCUUCGAGCUGUUUUGCCACUGAAGCAAGUAGCAGAAGACGUACGGUAAACAACACCAAGACCCAAGACGACGUCGUGGUGGUGGUGGUGGUGGUGGUGGUGGUUGGUUGGAGUGAAAAACCGAGCAAAACCAAGGGAUUUUGCCCGCAAUCUCCAAUCUCCAGCCCUUAACUACCAUGCCCCAAAACGGAUUAGCGGAUUCGCGUUGAUCAAGCAGCAAAUUAAUCGCGACAUUUAUUUAUUUAUUUAUCUAUUUAUCUAUUUUAUUUAUUUUAUUAUCCCAACUAUAUUUAUUUUACUUAUUUUAUUUAUUCUCUUGAAACGAUGGCCGACACCUAUAUUUCUCCCAACUUCAGCAACCUCAACAGCACCUCCAAUAACAACAACACAGCCACAACACUCAAGAAUCGCUGUAACACUCAUGUCCAAACUUCCACUGCUGGUCUCCCCAUGAAUCCGCUUUUCAUGAUCACUGCGCGGGACAUGCCAUAUACUGUGACCAACUCGUUCAAGAGAGGUGUAAUGAUGCACACCUACGGCCGCCCUAUACGGCGUGUUUGCUACGAUGAUUCACGUCCAGCAGCUAAGAAAAGACGUGUUCAAGCGGACACCGCGCCAAAGGACUCCGCUGAAGACGAAAACAACCUCGAAUGCGCCAUACGCGAAUCUUCUGCUGCCAUCCUGUCCAGCCCGUCGCGUCGCAACUCGACCGCUGCCUUCUCGGAAGACCUAGACGAUGACCUCUCGACACCCCCUUCCUCGCCUCCAUUACAGCUCACCCCACCUCCGGUUAACACACGAAAACCCACUUUUGCAUUUCUGAGGCGGAAACGCGCCGCUGCCACGAACACUCCCACAAAUGGUACUCCGUUGACAGAGGUAAACUUUAACAGCGUCCGCGCAUCGAUGGAUCCGCCGAAAAAGAAACCUAAACAGCAACAACAACAUCGACAACAGACACAGUCCCAACAACCCACGCUCAAGCAGAUGCAGCUCGACCUGGGAGGGGAGGUGCGCAAGACAUGCGCCACCUGCGGGAUGGAAUAUAUCCCCUCGAACGCGGAGGAUGUCGCGCUGCACAAGAAAUUCCAUGACAUGAACUCGAGCGGGGUGGACCUGGGCAAGGCAUUUGUGCGCGCAAACGCGUGCCGGUGGGUCUACGAGGCUGCCAGAUUCGACGAGGGCUAUGUCGUGAUAGUGGACAGGAAGAGCUCCCCCUCCGCGCGGGGCCAGGCCAUGCGUGUCCUGGAGGUGGUCAACAAGGAGCUUUCUGCGCCGGAUAUUGAGGAGGCGGUGUUGUGGAGCCAGACCGAGCCGCCUAAGCGCCUCCGGAAGAAUGGAGCGAAGGAAGAGGUGGAUCGGUUCAAGGUAUUCUUGCACAUGAAGGAUAGCAGGUGUGUGGGGCUCUGCUUGACGGAGCGGAUUUGGGAGUCGCAUUUGGUGAAGCGGCCUGGUCGCGGUGGCCGCACAGGCACGGGCACAGGCACAGGCACAGGCACAGGCACAGGCACAGGCACAGGAACAGGCACAGGCACAGGCACGGGCACAGGCACGGGCACGGGCACAGGCACGGGCAUGAAUGGCGAGCGGCCUAAUGGCUCGUCAUCAAUCACGGCUAGCGAAGAGGUGCACCACGCGGUCGUGGGUAUUUCGCGCGUGUGGACGUCCGCCUCAUCGCGCCGGAAAGGCAUCGCGAUGGACCUCCUCGACUGCGUGGUGAGCAAUUACAUCUACGGCAUGGAGAUUCCCAAGUCGAAGAUUGCAUUUAGCCAGCCCACUGAGAGUGGGUGUCGGUUGCUCGAGGCCUUUUUUGGACCGGAUGAGCCGUGGCAUGUCUACAAAGAGACCUAAGAAAGGCAUCUCUGGUCAACAAGCGUAUAACCCUAGCAGAUGGAUUGGGGGGAAGGGGGGAAGGGCAGCGGCGGAAUCAGCGUUUGGUUUGGGCGGAUUUAGUUCUGAUAUUUUGUACUUUUACAUACUGCGUACAUGCGAAAUGGGGUUUGUUUAUUUGCUUUAUUUCCUUUUGUACUCCUUGUCUUCUCAUAUCAUAGGACUGAGAGGUACAGUACAGUACGGUAUGCGCCGGAUUCUGUCUGUUUAUCUAAAUUUGAGAUUGUUUUCUGGGACACCAAGGAAGGGCAAAGGGGUCACGGAUGGCAUGGAUUGUGCGGAUUUGAGAAUUGUUCAUUUUCAUUUUAUAUUUUGUCCCUGGGGGCUUUUUUUUUU